GUUAUUUAUAGAGUAAGUAUGCUAAUACUGAGUAAGACAGCAGGAGUCUUUUCUAAACCAGCAAGAAGGAAAACUUACGAAUUUUUAAGAAUUUUUAAUUUUCAUCCUGGAAAACCGUUUCUUCAUAAACUAGUAUUGGGAAUCGAAACCAGUUGUGAUGAUACAGCAGCUGCUGUGGUGGAUGAAACUGGAAACAUUUUGGGAGAAGCGAUACAUUCUCAAACUGAAGUUCAUUUAAAAACAGGUGGGAUUGUUCCUUCAGUAGCUCAGCAGCUUCACAGAGAAAAUAUUCAGCGGAUAGUGCAAGAAGCUCUCUCUUCCAGUAAAGUCUGUCCAAGUGAACUCUCAGCAGUCGCAACCACUGUAAAACCAGGACUUGCUCUAAGCUUGGGAGUAGGCUUAUCAUUUAGCUUACACCUAGUAGACCAGUUAAAAAAACCUUUCAUUCCCAUUCAUCAUAUGGAGGCUCACGCUCUGACUAUUAGGUUGUUAAAUAAAGUAGACUUUCCCUUCUUAGUUCUUUUGAUUUCUGGAGGUCAUUGUCUAUUGGCAUUAGUCAGAGGAGUUUCAGAUUUUCUGCUUCUGGGAAAGUCUUUGGACAUAGCACCAGGUGACAUGCUUGACAAGGUAGCAAGAAGACUGUCUUUGAUAAAACAUCCAGAGUGCUCCACCAUGAGCGGUGGGAAGGCUAUAGAACAUUUGGCCAAACAAGGAAAUAAACUGCAUUUUGAUAUCAAACCUCCCAUGCAACGAGCUAAAAAUUGUGAUUUUUCUUUUUCUGGACUUCAGCAUGUUGUUGAUAGGAUAAUAACACAAAAGGAAAAAGAGGAAGGGAUCCAGAAGGGGGAAAUCCUGGCUUCAGCUGCACACAUUGCCGCUGCGGUACAGCACACGACAGCGUGCCACAUUGCGAAGAGAACUCACCGUGCCAUUCUGUUCUGCAAGCAGAGACGCCUGUUAUCUCCAAGUAAUGCAGUACUGGUUGUAUCUGGAGGUGUCGCAAGUAACUUAUACAUCCGAAAAGCUCUGGAAAUUGUAACAAAUGCAACAGAGUGCACUUUGUUGUGUCCCCCUCCCAGACUGUGCACUGACAACGGCAUUAUGAUUGCGUGGAACGGUAUUGAAAGAUUGUGUGCUGGUGUGGGCGUUUUACACAACACAGAAGGCAUCCGCUAUGAACCCAAAUGUCCUCUUGGAGUAGACAUAUCAGAAGAAGUUGGAGAAGCUGCCAUAAAAGUACCGCGGUUAAAAAUGGACAUUUGAUUUUUGCUUUUCAAAAAAAUCCCUAAAGAAACUUAAGCUCUGAUGAAACUCCAGCACUGAAGCAAAAUCCUGUGGAUAAAUUAAUGCCCAUCAGCCUUCGCCAUAACUGCAGGCACCGUGUCUGAUUUAGCCCUGUUUCUACCCGGGAGUCUGGCCUAGCUUUGAAUGAAAUUCAAAAGUUUUUUAAACCUGUUUUGAUGAUGCCAAAGUCAGGUGGUAUUCCUGGUUGGCUCAGGACUCUCAAGUAAUAUCCCAGAAGUGGUUUUCCAGAUCAGACUUGGAAGCGACCAGAACCCCAGAAAGUUUUUCUGAAACAUGAAUAACUUGGCCAAAUGGGAUCCCCAAGAUUGCCUCCACAGGUAGUUUUGUUGCUGAAUCAGAAGUAAAACAGGCUUUGGUAGUGGACAUUUAGGGUGAGUUUUCUCUCUUGGUAUUCAGUCACACCAGGAAUAGUUCCCCUUGUUUGAUCUCCCUUAAGCUUUCUUACAAGUUCCUCUAUCUAUCAUCUCACCACCGCAACUUCACAGAUGCAGGCACAAUACCUUAAGGAAGGAAGUCCCACUCGUUGCUGCAUUUGAAAUUCCUUUAAAAAAGCUGGGUUGAUACUUGCAUCUCUGUUGAUAUUAUUUGUUAUACGGAGGAACUGGUUAGGCUUAUUUCUACAUUCCUUUAGUAGGAUGCGGAAAGCAUUCGCGUUGUAGGUUAAGUAGCCGAGAGCACAGGAGCAAGCUGUGCGAACCUAAAUGAAGAAGCAAUUCAAUCCCUUCAUUGAGCUUUAUUCUUAAAAUAUCUAACAAACUGUUCUCACUAAACAGUUCAUUAGUCUCUGUAGCUAUGCCCAGCAAACAUGGAUGUCCACCCACGGCAAUCUACAGAGGGAAGCAGAACAGCCAUAUUUUUAGAGAAAGCUGUCAACUGCCAUUGGUUUCUAGUACUUGUUCUCAGUUCUGACUGUGUUUUAGAAUCACCAGCAGUUAAAAAAGAAAAAAGAAAAAAAGCCCACCAACUGUCUUGGGGUUAGAAUCUAGGCAUUCACACCGUCUUUAAAAGUGCCAGAGGCGACUCUAAUAUGCAGCAGAGUAAGAACCAUUGAGUUGGAACUAAGGGUCUCAGUCUUGAUUGUGCAUUGGAAUCCCCUUGAUAGUUAUUAAAAUUACUCAGUGCCUGGGUUUCACCCCUAGAAACUCUUAAUUAUUUUGGCUGCAGCCUGGACGCUGGAAUUUUUCAAAACUGCUGUGGAUUAUAAUAGGAGACCAGGCAAGAGACUAGAGGAUAAAAAUAAGGUAAAAAAAAGAAAAACAACAAAAAAAC